AUUCCGACCGUUUAAAACCCAUUUCCAAAGUCGAUUCCCGACCACUUUUAACCUUAUCCUCUUCCUCCGUCGUCUUCUUCCCUCUCUCAAAUCCAAUCCUUUUUUCCAAUUCACAAACUUCUGUAAUCGUCCUCUGCAACCUGUUCGUCUCACAGCAUGCCCAGUUCACUUCUGUUCUUGAGCUAUCUUAAUGGCUAGAAAGGCAACGCUCACCAUGAGUUCAACAACGCAAGGUAGAGUUCUGCGUUUUUGGUUAUUUCUCGUCUUCUUUUACGAAUUUUCGACCGUUCAGCCAGCCGCCGCCGCCGCCGCCGCCGCCGCCGAGAAUAUAAGAUUCGACUUCUCUUCUUUCACUAUUCGGAAUUUCACCCUCCUCGGCGACUCUCACCUCAGGGAUGGUGUUGUGGGCCUUACCCGAGAGCUUGGUGUCCCUUCUUCCAGUUCUGGAAGUGUAAUCUGCAAUUUACCGAUUUCAUUCUUUGAUACAGAGACCAAUAUCUCAGCUUCUUUCUCCACCCGAUUCUCUUUCGUGAUUACGAAUGUUAAUCCGAGUUCAUUUGGUGAUGGGUUGGUGUUUUUCCUGUCCGAUGAUAAUCAGACUCUCGGCAGCCCAGGUGGAUUUCUGGGUCUCGUGAAUGCUUCACAGCUGACCAAGAACAGAUAUGUUGCUGUGGAAUUCGAUACCCGUUUGGAUCCCCAAUUUAAUGAUCCAAGCAACAACCACAUUGGGUUGGAUAUUGAUAGCCUCAAUUCAGUCAAGGCAGCAGACCCUACUUCACGCGGUAUUGAUCUUAAGAGUGGGAAUUGGAUUACGGCAUGGAUUGAUUACAAAGACGAUCAGAAGAAGUUGAACGUCUGGAUGAAUUAUUCAAGUUCCAAACCAGAGGAACCAGUGUUGUCUGUGGACAUUGACCUCUCUAACUAUCUCGCGGAAACCAUGUACGCGGGGUUCUCAGGAUCUACUGAAGGUAGCACGGAGCUCCACCUGAUCAAGGAGUGGACCUUCCAGACUUUAGGCUUCCAACCUGUGAAACCACCUUCUCGGCCUCACAACGUGUCUGAUAACUCUGUAUUGCCGGUAAUUUCUGUCUCUAAUUCCUCCAACAAAACCCAAAGGAAUCUUAGGUUAGGCCUUGGAGUUGCUGGUCCAGCUUUCUUUUUCAUAGUUCUCCUAGUGUUUUGCUGGAUAAUUGUUAGGAAUUGGAACAUUGGAAUAAAUGCUAGCUUGAAACAAAAACUUUUGAAAGGCCCAAGAGAAUUCAGUUACAAAGAGAUAAAAGCUGCCACGAAAGAGUUUAGUUCCAGCCGAGUCCUUGGUCAUGGAGCAUUUGGCACUGUUUACAAAGCCUUUUUAAAUGGUUCAGGAACUAUUUCUGCAGUUAAAAGAUCAAAACAUUGUCACGAAGGUCUAACUGAAUUUCGUUCUGAACUCUCCAUAAUAGCUUGUUUGAGGCACAAGAAUUUAGUUCAGCUUCAGGGUUGGUGUGCUGAGAAGGGUGAAUUAUUGUUAGUCUAUGAGUUCAUGCCUAAUGGGAGCCUGGAUGAAGUUCUGUAUCAAAAAACUGAUGAGGGUGUCUUACUAAAUUGGUCCCAAAGAUACAACAUCGCAAUGGGGAUUGCAUCUGUUUUGACCUAUUUACACCAGGAAUGUGAGCAGCAAGUCAUCCACAGAGAUAUAAAGACGAGUAAUAUAUUGCUAGAUGGAAACUUCAAUCCUAGGCUUGGAGAUUUUGGCCUUGCAAAGCUCAUGGAUCAUGACAAAAGCCCUGUUUCAACUCUAACAGCUGGGACAAUGGGUUAUCUCGCUCCUGAAUAUCUUCAGUAUGGGAAAGCGAAUGAAAAGACAGAUGUUUUCAGCUUCGGUGUGGUUAUACUUGAAGUGGCCUGUGGUAGGAGGCCUAUAGAGAAAGAUGCAAAUAACAACAACAAUAUGGUUAAUUUGGUGGAUUGGGUUUGGAGUUUGCACUCUAAAGAUAACCUUAAUGAAGCAGCAGACAAGAGGUUAAACAAUGAGUUUAAGGAGGAGGCAAUGAGUAAGUUGUUGCUUUUGGGUCUGAGUUGUGCAAACCCAGAUUGCAACGAGAGGCCCUCUAUGAGAAGAGUCUUGCAGAUUCUUAAUGGGGAGGCAGAACUUCCACUUGUUCCUAAGAUGAAACCAAGUCUUACUUUCUCAUACAGCUUGCCAUUGAGCCUCGAUGAGAUUGGUUUUGAGUCUGAAGAGAGCAAUACAUCUAGUCCUUAAAAUGAAGUCAUAAUCAAUUGAGACUCAGAAGAGGUUCGUCCAGAUGAAAGUUAUGAGUUAUUAAAAGCAACAAUAUCUCACAGUCUAUUGUCUUCUAAUGAGACUACAAUUGAAAUUCUGAGCCACAACAUCAAGGAUUGAAAUAAAAUGGAACUGAGAGGAUUGGUGUUGUCAUUUUUUUGUCUUUACUUUAUUCCCUUGCUAUUUUUUCCAUUCUUUAUUCAGAUUUGUAUAAGACACAUAUGUAGCUUUUUCUAUUAUCAUAGUCAAAAGUGCCUGUAGGGAUGAUUCUUUCUCCUUGCUUA